AAAAAUUUAAAUAUUUCAGGAUUAAACAGAGAUGACAUAUGUAAUAACAUCAGAAAUAUUUACAGAAAAUAAAAAUUUGUAUAUAAAAUAUAAAAAUAAUAAUGCAAUAUCCAGUUUUAUUUUUAAAUAUCCAUCCUACAUGAUUAAACCAAAAUGUCUUAACAAUAUUAUAAGUCAUGAUAAUGAUAAUGAUAUAGUGUUAGAUAGACAACAAGAAGGAAAAUUAUUAAUAGAACAUCAUAUAUCUACAAACUUACAAUAUGUUGGAUUACAAGUAUGGCGAGGUGCAUUAUUAUUAGCUGAUUAUAUUUUAUCAAAUCCUAGUUUAUUCAAAGAUAAAAUAGUUUUAGAAUUAGGUGCUGGAGUUGGUUUAACUAGUAUAGUAACUAGUUUUUUAGCAGAAGAAGUAAUUUGCACAGAUAUUGAUGUCAAAGGAAUAUUGAAAUUAAUAUAUAGAAAUUUUAUACGAAACAAAAAUUAUAUUAAAGCUAAAAUUUAUAUUAAGGAAUUAGAUUUUUUAAAUUUAAAAUCAUUUACAUCUUAUAAGAAAAAAUUAGAUAAAGCAAAUGUUAUUUUAGCUGCAGAUGUAAUUUAUGAUAAAACUAUAACUGAAGGAUUUGUUCAAACAUUAAAUGAACUUUUAAAUUCAGAUAUAUCGAAAGUUAUUUAUAUUGCUUUAGAGAAAAGAUAUGUUUUUACUACAGCUGAUAUGAAAACUACUGCACCUAUGUAUGAAGAAUUUUUAGGAUUUAUUGAAGCAAAACAUUUUAAUUGGCAUAUUGAAUAUAUUAAAAUAGAUUUUCCACAAUAUUUUAAAUAUAAUAGAAUAAAACAGAUGGUUCUCAUGAAAAUAGAAAACAAGUUAAAUAAAUAA